CCCUUAGCACCAGUACCAGCCGCAGCGGCGGCGGCGGCAGCAGCAGCAUCAAAAGCAGCAAGAGCAGUAGAGGCAGUGGCUGCAGACCCCAUCACUGGUCCAAGCAGCAGCAUCCGCGGUGCUGCGCGGGGAAGCUGCUUCGGAAGCUCCUGCAGGUGCGCGCAGAGGCGGGAGCUCUUUUCUCCCUCCUCAGGAGAAUCAGCCGCUUGAGAGGGGCACAGAGAAGAGGGGAGGGGGCGCCGCCCAGCCGGAGUAGACCAAGUGCCGAGCCUGCCUGGUGCCCCUUUUCAACCCCAGCGGCCACAGCAACGGCGACUUGCCCCCGAGGGGCACCAUGCGGGAAGAGCCCGUGUAAUCCGCCCGCAGCCUCCCCGCCCUGUGGGGCAGAGGCGCCCCGCAGCCCGAGCCCGGAGCUCCUGGCUGACAGCAGAGCGGCGCCCUGGAGCUAUGAGCCAUGAAGCCGCCUGCCAUCAGCGCCCUGCGGCAGCCCUCCCCAGGCUGCAGCCUGCUCUCCUCCUCCUCCCCUUCUUCCUUCGGCACCACCACGACUUCUUUCCCUUCUUGCUGGCAGCCGCCUCCCUUGCUGCUGCAUACCCUCUGCCGCCUCCGCCUUCUCCUCCUGCUGCAGCUGGUCUCCGGUUCCUUCUGGUCCCAGCCCUGGGGGGCUGCUGCAGCCAGCGCUUCAUACUGGAAUGAAACUUCAAAGGAAACUGCCGGGGUUCUGGCAGAUGAAGAGAAUGCAUUUCAACAGAAUGGCAGCAGGCGCAAUAAUAACAGUUACAGUAAUGCAGUGCAGAAAGAGAUCACCCUGCCUUCAAGACUGGUAUAUUAUAUCAAUCAAGAUUCUGAGAGCCCUUACCAUGUCCUGGAUACUAAGGCAAGACACCAGCAGAAACAUAACAAGGCUGUGCAUCUGGCCCAGGCGAGCUUUCAGAUUGAGGCUUUUGGCUCCAGAUUCAUUCUUGACCUCACACUGAAUAAUGGCUUGCUAUCCUCUGAUUAUGUAGAGAUUCAUUAUGAAGAUGGAAAACCACAGUACUCUAAGGGUGGAGAACACUGCUACUAUCAUGGAAAUAUCAGAGGCAUCAAGGACUCCAAAGCUGCAUUGUCAACAUGCAAUGGACUGCAUGGCAUGUUUGAAGACAACACUUUUAUGUAUAUGAUAGAACCACUGGAGUUAAUCCACAGCACAGAAAGCACAGGCCGACCACAUAUAAUUCAGAGAGCACUAGGGGGACACACUUCCAAGCAACUGAAGAAUCGGAGCAUGGAAGAACAUGACCAGUGGCCCUUCCUGUCUGAGUUACAGUGGCUGAAGAAAAGACGACGGAGGAGAGCUGCACCUCGUGGAGUGUUUGAAGAAAUGAAAUACUUAGAGCUUAUGAUUGUCAAUGAUCAUAAAAUGUACAAGAAAUACCGUUCUCAUGCACAUACCAACAACUUUGCCAAGUCUGUGGUCAACCUCGUGGAUUCUAUUUACAAGGAGCAGCUGAAUACCAGGGUGGUGUUGGUGGCUGUGGAAACAUGGACAGAGAAGGACUACAUUGACAUUCGGGCUGACCCCGUCCAGAUGCUCCAUGAAUUCUCCAAAUACCGACAACGAAUAAAGCAGCACGUGGAUGCUGUUCACCUCAUCUCGCGUGUGAUAUUUCACUUUAAGAGAAGUAGUCUGAGUUACUUCGGAGGUGUUUGUUCCAAGACAAGGGGAGUUGGAGUGAAUGAGUAUGGUCUUCCAAUGGCAGUGGCACAAGGAUUAUCUCAGAGUCUGGCACAAAACCUUGGAAUCCAGUGGGAACCUUCUAGCAGAAAGCCAAAAUGUGACUGCACAGAAUCCUGGGGUGGAUGUAUCAUGGAAGAAACAGGGGUGUCACAUUCCCGGAAGUUCUCAAAAUGCAGCAUUUUGGAAUAUAAGGACUUUUUACAAAGAGGGGGAGGAUUCUGUCUUUUUAACAGGCCAACAAAGUUGUUUGAAGCCACUGAAUGUGGAAAUGGCUAUGUGGAAGCAGGAGAGGAAUGUGAUUGUGGUUUCCAUGUGGAAUGCUAUGGCGUAUGCUGCAAGAAAUGCUCACUUUCGAAUGGAGCACAUUGCAGCGAUGGACCCUGUUGUAACAGCACCACCUGUCUCUUUCAGCCACGAGGGUAUAAUUGUCGAGAAGGAGUAAAUGACUGUGACAUUACUGAAACCUGCACUGGAGACUCUGGCCAGUGCCCACCCAAUCUUCAUAAACAGGAUGGAUAUUCUUGCAAUUCUAAUCAGGGUCGUUGCUACAAUGGGGAAUGCAAGACAAGAGAUAAUCAAUGCCAGUACAUCUGGGGAAGCAAGGCUGCAGGGUCUGACAAAUUCUGCUAUGAAAAACUUAACACAGAAGGCACUGAGAAGGGGAACUGUGGGAAAGAGGGGGACCGAUGGAUUCAAUGCAGCAAACAUGAUGUGUUUUGUGGCUUUUUGCUCUGCACUAAUCUUACACGAGUUCCACGAAUUGGCCAACUUCAGGGAGAAAUCAUCCCAACCUCCUUUUACCACCAAGGCCGAGUGAUUGACUGCAGUGGUGCCCAUGUUGUUUUAGAUGAUGAUACUGAUGUAGGGUAUGUGGAAGAUGGAACUCCAUGUGGCCCAUCCAUGAUGUGUCUUGAUAGAAAGUGCCUACAGAUUCAGUCCCUAAACAUGAGCAGCUGCCCCCUGGAUUCCAAUGGCAAAGUUUGUUCAAACCAUGGGGUGUGUAGUAAUGAAGUCACCUGCAUUUGUAAUAACACCUGGGCAGGGACGGACUGCAGCAUCCGAGAUCUUAUCAAAAAACCUCCAGCCUCGAAGGAAGAUGGACCCAAGGAAAUGUCAAAAAGAGAAGGUUUGAUCCGAGUCAGCAAGGCCCCAUCUGAAGCCACAGCACUGUACAAGUCUUCCCCUUGUACUUUGGAAUUCUGGCGGCAUGAAGAACUAAUUUUGAAAGGGUAUAAACUGCAUGGCGUAUAUACAACAAGCUCACAAGCCAAUCCUCAGCAAAACCUGCAACUGAAUUCAUAAAGCGACGAGAACAUGUGAACUCAGAGAAGAUGAUACGGGGCGCAUUUCAUGUAGGAACCUCCUUCAUCAACUAUAUCUAGUGCUCUUCUGCGCUCUCUGUCUCUCUGUCUCUCUCUCCCUGUCUCUCCAUCUCUUUUUCUAUCUCUCUCUGUUUCUGUCUGUAUUUGUCUGUCUGUUUCUUUUAACUCUGUAGCUUCCUCCUUUUGUUGAGUCACCAUUGUUUUCUGACCUGGACCAAAGGCCCUUUGAAUAUGGGAGCUAUUGUCUGGAUGAUGAUGCUAAUGUAUAUUUCUUUUAAAAAUGUAAAUAAUGGAAAUAAGAAUUUUUGACCUCAUUUUCACUAGUGUCUAUUGAAAGAUUCCUUGUAAAGGCUCUCUGUAAAUUGAUUUAUUGCAGGUUUUUUUGCUCCUCACUUUUUCUUUUUGGUACCAUGUUGCUUGGUGGGUGUUGGGCUUGCUCAAGUUUUCUGCAAUAACUUGCAGAUGCAAGGAGUUUGGGCAUGGAACAGGUGUGGUUUAAUGUUUGUAUGCUCAAAACCAAAAAAACUACAAUAACAAAAUAUCCACAUUAAACUAGAUAUGUAAAUGCAAAUGUAUGUAAUAACUACAAGUCUCUCUAGAAUUUUUGAUGUCAUGCAAAAUUUGUGUAUAUAAUGUAAGAAAGUAGACACCUUCUCAAAUUAAUCACAAAAGUGCCAAGUUCAUGAUUUUAAUAUUUGGUUUUAAUAAUUUUCUUUCCCUCUUUCUCAUGUGAAAGGAAAACAAGCUUAAAUGAAGCCUUAAAUUAUAAUCACAAUUGCCCAAAACUUGUGGAAAGCUAAGCUUUCCUUUUUAGUAGUAUACAUACAUAUAUACAUAUAUAAAUAUUCUUGUCAAUCUUCCAUUCAUGUUCACUCUGUCUCUCCCUCAUUGGGGAAUCUCUUAUAGAACCAUUACUGGGAAAACAACACCGACACUUGCCUCCUUUGUUAACAUCGUUAUAUCAGGCUUUUACUGUAUGUGGUUGUGUUUGGGGGAAUACAACUUGACUCACAUUAAACCCCAAUCCAUGUAAUACUGUGCAAUUAUAACAGGAUUUUACUGUAUCUUAAUUCACACCGUACUCUUCCCUCUAGGCAGAAUUUCAGAGAUAACCUGUGCAUGCAAGUCACUCUGAGUUUCCUUCAACAUCAUGGACUCCUUCCCAUUUCUUGUCAGGAUAACUUCUGUUUAAGUGUUAGCUAUCACCACUAAGUUUUGAACAGAUUUUGUUCUGGAGGAACCCUCCUAGGUGGGCAUUUUGAUAGCCAGCUAAAGAAGAGCUCUGCAGGAGAGGGUCACAGGUUAAAGCCAUCUUCAAAAAAAGGUUCAAAAAGAGCCAACAAUAUCCACUCCUUUGGAGAAAAACAAUGUGCCAUUCAACUUGCUUUUGCUACUGGACUGGUUUUGAAGUUUUGCUCAAAGUCCUUUCCUUGAAAGAAAAUAAGUGCAAUGACAAUAAUUGCCACCUGUUUUCCUUUGGCUUUGGAAAAUGCCAUCUGUAAGAACUUUUUUUGUUGCUGUUACUUUUAGUUUGAAAAACUGAACUUUACAGGGUAUAUUUAAUCAUAGUGGUAUCUCAUCCAAAGCAACAAGCAUUUAUUUAGCACCUGCUGUGUGCAAGACUCUGGGCUAGGCAUUAGGGAUAUAGAGACAAGUCAAGAAAACAAGCAUUAUUUUAAUUCCAACUGUGUUCCAGGCAUUGGGCAUACAAAGAAAGAGCAAAAUGCUGCCUGCCCUCUAGGAGCUCGUGAUGUGAUGGGGGAGACAAUACAUAAACCACUGUUUGAGGAAACAAAAAAGAGUCCCUGCCCAAAAGGAAAUGCCAUUCCACUGGCUCAUACAGCAGCAACCUUUAUUUUUUAAAUGCGAAAGCAGACCAUACUCUAACAUCUUGAUAUUGUUAUUUAUGAGUAAUAGGUGCUACAUACAUGUGCAGUCUCUCUCUAGAAAUAAGAGCGAGGUUUUUGUAAUAACAGGGCUCCAAAAGAGGCUGAUUAGCCUUCAUAAGACGCAAGGUUAUAUCCGUGUGUUGUAGAAGUGGGCUCUUUCGGGUUGGGGGAAACUCAGAGUACUUGGACUUUUUGCUGUUGCUGCAUUGCUUAGUGCCUCCCUGUUACGGGAUGAUGCCCACCCCCUGGCAGACACUAAGCUGUCGCUAUGUAAAUGAUACACAUUUUGCUUCUGUUCCAGAGAUAACAUGGUGACUCUAGAGAAACACCAUUUGCUAUUCGUAAACAAGUUCAGUCUAUCCCGUUUCCAUUUUUGAGCAAUUCUCAAACAACAUUGUGUAUGUGCGAUGUUAUAUUUAAAUCAGACCACAGUGGUCCCCAAUAUUAUGUACAUAUGGCCAGUGUCCGUGUAACUUUUUGUUACACUGGUAGUUUUGUAGGUGAUAGGAACCUAAUGCUCCAGUGUUCAAUUACUUGCACAUAUGUGUAAACUACACAAGCUUCACGCUGUGUCUGCAUUGAAUAACAAAGGCAACCAAACACCCCACAGGGUUAAAACAGAAAAGAAAAAAAUGUAAAAUUGAUCGUAAGAAUCACCUUUCCAGUGGUGUUGGGAUAUAGAAUUUCUACCCUUUCACGACAUAUCGUUUGACUUUGUACAUGCUGUUCUGUUGCUUAAUGUUGUGGGGGUGUAUCUUCUAUUAAUUUGGGCCCAUCACACAAGCCCAUCACUUUCUAAUAUUACUCAACAAGGAUAAGCGUUCAGUGCUGAUGAGUUCCCAUUUCACCUGCUCUACUUUUGCUGCACUAAUUGACGACAUUGGGAUGACAAGAUGUGUGCUAAAGAUGUUGCUCAUACUGGUUUGCUGCAUGAUUCCACUGAAUAAAAGCUAACCCUACUAGACAAAUGAACAGAACAUAUAGGUGCAUGUUAAGAAUCAAGAACCACAUAGAACUCUGGAGUUUUACCAAGUUUUCUUUACUAUGCAAAGAUGGGUAUUGCACAAACAAAAUUCAAAGACUAGUAGCUGAGGAAUUUUACAAAAACAAUACUUGAAUUUAUUUUGUUUAAAAGCAUCCCAUCACGUUUUCUAGUCACUCUCACUUUCUCCAUGAAUUUUUCUUUAAAAAUGAUUUAUAAUUAUUUUUUAAGUGCACAGUUGGAUGAUUCAAAUCCAUUUUGAUUUGAACUUAAUAACUCAUUCACAUCUUGUUGGCUACUGAUGAAUGGAGAUUCAAUAGUCAUUAUUCUGCAUCUUUUAGUCAAAUGAGUAUUAAAACUUUCAUGAACAUACAA